CGGGUCUCAGGCUACUUCGCUUCGUUCGUGAACGUAUGCGAGACAUUGUACACUUCAUCCAGCUACCAUGAUGCGCAAUCUCCUCUGCAGACCAAGUCGUCCUUUUGAACCUCGUGAAUACGAGAAAAUGUACGGCAAAAAGUAUUUCGCAUUUCGAGGCCUCUCGAUGGACCAGCAAAUGGUGUUUUGGGAUUCAUGUCGGGCGUUACUUCUCUCCCGUGGUUAUCAUCUCUACAAGCCAGCCUCUGGACCCUGUCAUGAAUAUAUAUCCGUCCCUACACUCCCGAGCUUCUCUGGACCUGUCCAAUAUCCCUACGCAUAUCGUGAAGCUAAUGCGCUCAUAGACUCGCCGCGCGACCCUUUUAUGGGUGCUUGUAAUAGGUCCAUGGUAUUCUAUGCCCAGGACAGUGAAGGACGCCAUGUUGUUCUGAAGCACGUCUGCGGCAAUUCCCAAGAAUAUAGGAUCUUGCGGUUUCUUCAAUCGCAAGGCUUUCAAGCUAUGGAAGAAAAUUGUAUCAUGCCCGUUCUCGAACUCAUUGAACACAAAGAAAAUUGGCUCGUUGUUAUGCCUCGGUGGGGCUCUGCAUCCCGUAAUCCACCUUUGCAUCGCGUAGAGGAUAUCUUGCACUAUAUGUUAUGUUUGUUAAAGGCGCUGAUAUACCUUCACGCCAACUCCAUCGUUCACCGGGAUAUCACGCUACUCAACAGUCUCGUCAAUCAUAUCGAGGCUCACCCGUCAAGAGCGGCCGCUGCUAUUGGGUAUAGACAAGGCCUUCGUGAACAUGGACUCAUCAAAUACGCCAUGUUCGACUUCGACUUGUCGAUACAUAUGCCAGAAAACGUCCGUCUACUUCCCGCUAGUUACACUUGGAUCACUGUGGGUCCUUGGCCUCAUGACGCUGCGCAAGGAGAGUAUAUGUAUGAUCCUUUCGCGUACGACGUCGCACUUUUGGGAAUCGUAUUCUGUCUAGAAUUUCAGCACCUCACUAAGUACAUACCAAUGCUUGCGCCGUUAUUCGAUAGUAUGGUUACAGACGACAUCUCACGCCGCUUUACGGCCGCUCAAGCUCUUGAAUUUUUAUCCGACAACUGGAAAGAGUUCAUAUCGAGUAGUCAAUCACUUCCGUACGACCUAGAAUGGGAGGGAAUGUCCUGGGACGAAUACGAUCGUUGGGCUGGUCUUCCGGAUGAUUUUGUGCGGAAAUGGGGUUACCUGCGCGAACCUUCUCCUACCAAGAUGACUCGAUUUCUUCGGUGGUCGUGUGAUAGCUACCGAAUAUACCGUACAGUGGCAUGGCUACGCAGGAGUAUCGAUAAAAUGCGACAGAAGGACUCCCGAGAGAUGGAGUCUUACCGUGCUAUACCCCUUUGAAGUUACGUGUUUGGGGAACGCGAAUCCCAGAAGGAUGCAGCCAAUGCAGCGCUACCAUCUUGCAUGGAAGGCAAAUCAGA